ACGUUCCAUGCCUGUCAAGUUAUCUCUGUGCAGCAGAAGUGAGAAGAGAACCAAUGAGCUGAAAGAUAACUCAAUCAAUCUGCUUCCUCCGUCUUUGCUUCAGAGCUUCGUACAGGAAAUCUAUUGCUGUGUCAAGUUCCAGAGAAGAAUUUCUUCUGUUCCAAGUUACUAAUCAGGCUGAAACACAGAGGUUUGAAGGAAGGCGCUAGGAGGAAAGGAGUGCCUCGCUGCUGAUGGGCUAAGAGGAUUCAUUGGCGAGAAGUGGGAGUUGGCCAGAGACAGCCUCACCAUGCCCACAGCUUCCACUGUACCUGUGUGGAGGGAGAGCACUGAGUGAACGGCAGGAAAAGAAACACAGAGAUGGUCUACGCUUGGAGAGCUUCUGACCUCAGGCUCCUACCAAUUUUGACAGUCUUCUUAGUGGCUGAAUGCCUAAGUUCAGGAAUGGAAGGUCCUGUUCCAUCAAGCAACUCAUUAAUGCAGGAAAAGGUCAAGGAGAACUACACUUUUGAUUCAGCAGUUAGUUCAUUUGUGGAUGGAAAGCAGAUGCUGAACAGUUCAACGCCUCCCACAGAAGGCAACUCUUCCCUGUCUGCACUGGUGAAUACCAAGGUUGUGCUCCCUUGUCCUCCUAUUGCAUAUACAACUCUGGUACUAAUAACAUGGAAAAUAAUGGUCAGAGACAAGGCUCCCUGCUCCAGAGCUUACAGAAAAGAUCAAAACCUGACCACAGAAAGCAACUGUACAGAUGAGAGAGCAACCUGGGCCUCCAGACCUGACCAGAAUCCUGAACUUCAGAUUGAUCCAGUGGCCACCACUCAUGAUGGCUAUUACGUGUGUCAGGCAGUAACAUCUGAUGGAAAUUUCCAACAUGUCUAUCAUCUCCAGGUGCUGGUGCCCCCUGAGGUGACCCUGUUUCUAAGUGAGAAUAGAACCGUGGUGUGCAAGGCAAAUGCAGGGAAGCCGGCCGCACAGAUCUCCUGGACGCCUGAGGGGGUCUGUGUCCUUAAGGAAGAAUAUCAGGGCGAUGGCACAGUGACUGUCCUGAGUGCAUGCCACUGGGAGGGCAGCAAUGUGUCCACCGUGACCUGCUCGGUCUCCCAUGCAACUGGCAACAAGCACCUGACCUUAGAACUGCUUCCAGGUGCCAACACAUCAGCAAACCUAAAUAUUCUAUUUAUCAUACUUCCUCUUACUACCUUAUUCAUCACAGGAUCCAUUUAUUUUUUGAAAAUCAAUGGCUUCAGAAAAUGUAAAUUGAAAAAACAGGAAACUGCUUCAGUUAUUGAGGAUGAAAUGCAGCCCUAUGCUAGCUACACAGAGAAGAACAAUCCACUCUAUGAUACCACAAACAAGGUGAAGACAACUCAGGUGCUACAAAAUGAAGCUGCUGGAAUGGGUCUCCAUACCUGCUAGGUUAUUGGAAUCUAGCACCAGGACAAAUGAAUCAUUAUAUAUCACAAUUAAUGCCUUGACUUUCUUAGAAUUCUAGAAUGGAAGACUUUUUGAAAUUAGAAUUUUUCAAAGGUUCUAGAAGACAAAGACACUCUAUUGUAUUUGCAUUCAUAUCCUAUAGAAAUGGAAUUUUAGAGUCUUGGUUGCCACCAGCUUGUUCUCUGAAGAACUGAUAUUAUUAUUACAAAGAAAGUACAUGCUCAUGAUAAAAUAUUCAAAUUGUACAGUACAGUAAACAAUGGAAAUCGAAUUUCCUCAAGAAAUAACUCUACAGAAGGAACAAUAAAGUUUCUUCUGUAUCCUUCCAGAAAAUUUCCAUGUACAUAUGACAUGUUUAUAUACCUAUAGGUAUAGGUGUGCAUUUAUAUGUCUGUUUUCAUAUACAUACACAUAUCCUUGUCAAGACACAGAUGAGAGUAUACCAUAUACACUGUUCGUACUUAUACAAGGUUAAUAAUAUAUGUCUUGAAAAUCUUUCCAUAUCAACUCAAGCAGAGCUACCUCAUUCUUUUUAAUGGCUACAUAAAAUUUUAUUGUAUGGCUAUGUCGUAAUUUAAUUAACCAUAUCCCUAGAGAUGGACAUUUAGAUUGCUUUAAAUUUUGUUUGUUUUGCUAUUAUAAACAAUGCCACAUAGAAUGUUUCUUAUGGUUAUAUUUCUUUGUUAUUUGUUUGAGUAUAUCUGUAGGAGUGUUUCUUUGAAUGGGAUUGCCAGAUCAAGGGGUUUGUGCAUUUUUAUUGUUGAUAGAUAUGUCAGAUUCUAUUAGUUUAUGUUCUGUUCAGUAGUGUUUAAAUGUGCCUUUACCUCCAAUGAACAACGAUUUUAUUAAAUUGUUAUUUUAAUUUCAGUAAGAUUGCCACUUCCCCCUUAUUAAUCACCCAAUUAGCUAAUACAGUGUAAGACUAUAAUAAGAAAUAUACUAUUUAAUAAAAACUGGAUUUAUAUUUUUCUGUCUUGUUUGACAGAUAGAGAGAGAAAGAGAGAGCCAAAGACAUCUGUGAAGAUGUUAGCUUCUUCGGAACUCAUUAUGUCUCUAUAGACGUAUUGAUACCUAACGCCUAACAGUUUUGCAGAUGUGGUAAUUUGGAAUUGUGUAUUUUUAUGGUGUACAUUAUAUUGUAUAUAUAUCACACAGCAAGUGUUUAUUGACUGUGUGCUAAGGGGAUUGCCAUGGAGAUGACAUGUCCCUCCCUUCCAUUAUUCUGUGGAAUAAAAUACGUGGAAUGUG